GAGGGGGUUUCCAGAGCAGAUCUGGUCUCAAGCCCUUGGGGGACAGAGAGAGAUGGGAUUUAAGGGGUUUAAUCACCAUGGCACUGCUGCUGGCCGGGGCAGGCUGCUGGGACUGAGACACCCCAAAUCUCCCCUCCCCUGACCUCUCCUGCUUGGCCCGUCUCUGCUUCCAGCCGCUGCUACAUCAACCCGCCACCCAGAGAGCAACAGAGUCCAGCCCAGCCCCUGCUGCAGGGUCCCCAGCGUGGUGAAGAGACCAUGGGGACAGCAGCUGGGUGCACUGAGAACCAAGUGCCGCUGCAGGAGUGCUGCAGUGUUGAUUCCUCUGGGCACCCGAAGACGGGAGGGAAGCCAGAGUCUUGCAGUAAGUGCAAUAAAAGUGCCGUCUCCCUGGGAGUUGUUGCCGGAGUCGUGGUGAUCUUUUGUCUCCUCAUCACUGUUAUUGUCCAGGCAGUGCCGAGAGCUAUGCCUCCCUCAGCUGUUCUGGGCUCCCCUGUUUUGCUCUGCUGCCCACACGGCUGGGUCGGCUACAAGGGGAAAUGCUACUAUUUCUCCGAGGGCGAAGGGAACUGGACCGACAGCUGGAGCCACUGCUCUGCCCUGGGGGCCUCCCUGGCUGGGAUCAACACCCUGCAGGAAAUGGCUUUCAUGCACCGCUACAAAGGCAAACCUGAUCACUGGAUCGGCCUCCAGCGGGACCCGGAGCAGCCCUGGAAAUGGGCCAAUGGCUCCAAAUUCAACAACCUGUUUGGGAUCCGAGGAGGAGGUGACUGUGCGUAUCUGAACGACGAGAGCGGGGUCAGCAGCUCGAGGUGCACCAAUGAGAGGCGCUGGAUCUGCACCAAACCCGAUGCUUUUCCAACAUCUGAGCCAAGAGCCACGACGCCAGCCUCAGCCUUCUAACAUGAUGGGGGCUUGUUAGGACAGUGAAACCUUUUCAUUGUCCAAAUAGGUGUCCUGUCUGGAACCUAUUAAAUAUUCCGACGUGCUGCUCAGAUUGUUAUGGGCUGGGUUAGAGCUGCCUGGUGAACCUUCUUGCUUCCCUUCAGGGAAGGUUUUAGCAAGAAUGUUUGUGGGUCACUUUUUGGAAACCCAACUGGCGUUUAACUCAGGGUCACCCUCCCCCUGCCCCCAAUGUCUCAUUUUAUUGCCAGAUGCUGCUUGAGCUCUGCACCUGCCAGGGGAGUAGAAUCCCAUCUGGUGGGGGGGAGGGAGGUUCUCCCCACCCCUUCCCUGGCCAGCAGGGCCUCCCCUGACCCAACCACCAGGGGCCCCAACCCUCUUUACCCCCACAGCUGCCAGUGGCCUUUUCUCUCCCCCUCUAGCACUGUGGCCAAAGGCUGGGGGCUGAAAAGGAUUUGGGGUACGGUGCUAUUUACUUGGUCUGGAGGCUGCUAGCCACUCCCAGGAGUGGUGUGGCUGCCCCCAGUAGUCACUCUGUAGUAUAAGUCUCUCUUGCACUCGCUGCCCCCAAUGGUCACUCUCGGUAUCAUGUCUGUGCCCCUCCCUUUCCAUGUUAUGGAAAACAGUCCUCUUCCCGGCACUUGCUCUUUCCUUGGCGCAACCAAAUCCCGACCUUGAUUUAAGUUAGGAGCAAAGGAAGCUGCAUAACAAAUUUGGUGGUCCCAGUUCUUACUGUUUAGGAGGAGUUCUUGAACAAAUGGACUUGCAGACAGAUGUACAGAUCUCUAAAUAGAUGUAUUUCCCUGUUGUAACAUUGUAAAUAACUGUUUUUAAUAAAUUUGUAUAUAAUUAGA